AAAAAUAUUCGUAUAAAAGUCGUAUAAAGUUUUUAAAUAAAUCACAACUUAAUAGAUUGAAACUGAUCUACCAGUGCUCAGGAAUGGAUAAACAGUUUGAUAGGAGUGGCAGUUAUUACCGAAAGUACUUGGAAUCAGACAUAUUUGACAAAUCAUUUGUUUUGAUUGAAAAGUACAGCAAAAACACUGGUCUGUCUUCACGAUACCGAUGGGAACGGUCGACAGCAAAACAGGAGAAUAGAUUAAUCAAUUGGCAUAAUGUACUGAUCGGUCAAUUAAGCACUGGUGGUAUGGGUUAUGUGGCAGCCAUUAGAAAGACUGGAGAAUUGCUGAAACAGGCGAUGAAGUCGAGCAAUAGAUUGGAUGAAAAUGAUUUCAAUGAUGUAUACAAUUCUGUUGAACAACUUAUUCAACUGAGAAACCGGGAGUCAAAACCAAAUUUAUCGAUAUUAGGUUGGGUUAUAUGGGGUGGCCAUCAAUACAAUAGUCACAAAUAUAGAUAA